CUCUGUGAUCCGUGUCUUGUGAAAUGAGGCGACGUUGGGAGGCUUAUGUGAGCUCGAAGCAGAAGUCCGGGCCUGUUUUUGGGUCGCAGGACGCUGGCAGAUCAAGCAGGAAGCCCCCUCCCUGCUGCCCAGCUGUUAGUGCUGGAAAGUGCUGUGCACGCCGCAGAGCCGGGAAAGGCAACGGACUCACCCACUAGUGCGCCCUGGGAGCUGCACGCAUCGGCCAGCUAGGCGGCAUGUGCCCGCUGGAGCGAUGGUGGCAUGAGAGUAACCAACUGCUGUCUCUGGAUCCGUGGGGAGGAGAUCAUGCCUGGCUUAAUUCACAGUGCCAACGUAUGCACUAUAAACUUGGAGAAAUCUUGCGUUUCAGUGGAAUGGACAGAAGGAGGAACCACGAAGGGCAAAGAGAUUGAUUUUGAUGAUGUAGCUGCCAUAAACCCAGAGCUCUUGCAGCUUCCUCCCUUACACCCAAAGGACAAUCUGGUGCUACAGGAAAAUGUAACAGUCCCGAAACAGAAACACAGAUCAAUCAACUCCAAAAUUCCCGCUCCAAAAGAAGGUCUUCGAAGCCGUUCCACCCGAAUGUCCACUGUCUCCGAGCUCCAGAUUGCCACACAGGAGAAUGAUAUGGAGGUGGACCUGCUUGUGUCCACAAACUCCCGCAAGUUUUCGAUUCCCACUCGCCGCCCUAGGCCCUCCUGCCCUGCAAUGUCUGAAAUACCACUGGCAAUGGUCAGAGAGGAGGUAGAGGACCCAGUCGCCUCCAUCCGAGGCAGCUCUUCUGCACACCCUGUGAACUCAGUUCGGAGGAAGUCAUGUAUUGUCAAGGACAUGGAAAAAGUGAAGAAUAAGCGAGAAGAGAAGAGGGCCCAGAACUCGGAAAUCAGAAUAAAGCGAGCCCAGGAAUAUGACAACACCUUUCCAAACUGGGAAUUUGCCCGGAUGAUUAAAGAAUUUCAGACAACUAUGGAAUAUCACCCACUUACUGUGACUGAUCCUAUUGAAGAGCACAGGAUCUGUGUCUGUGUUAGGAAACGCCCAUUGAAUAAGCAAGAACUGGCCAAGAAAGAAAUCGAUGUGAUUUUUGUUCCUACCAAGACUCUUCUCCUUGUGCAUGAACCUAAAUUAAAAGUGGACCUGACAAAGUAUCUGGAGAACCAGGCAUUCUGUUUUGACUUUGCAUUUGAUGAAACCGCUUCAAAUGAAGUUGUCUAUAGGUUCACAGCAAGGCCACUGGUACAGACAAUUUUUGAAGGAGGAAAAGCAACUUGUUUUGCAUAUGGACAGACAGGAAGUGGCAAGACACAUACAAUGGGUGGAGAACUGAAUGGUAAAACUCAGAAUGCUCCAAAAGGAAUCUAUGCAAUGGCAUCCCAGGAUGUCUUCCUCCUGAAGAAUCAGUCUCGCUACCGGAGCCUAGGCUUGGAAGUCUAUGUGACGUUCUUUGAGAUCUACAAUGGAAAGCUGUUCGAUCUGCUCAACAAGAAGGCCAAGUUACGUGUGCUGGAGGACAGCAAGCAACAGGUGCAGGUGGUGGGGCUGCAGGAGCACCUGGUUAACUCUCCUGAUGAUGUCAUCAAGAUGAUCAACAUUGGCAAUGCCUGCAGAACCUCUGGACAGACGUUUGCCAACCCCAAUUCUUCCCGCUCCCACGCCUGCUUCCAGAUUCUUCUUCGAACUAAAGGGAGACUGCAUGGCAAAUUCUCUUUGGUGGAUCUGGCAGGAAAUGAGCGAGGGGUGGACACAUCCAGUGCUGACCGGCAGACCCGCAUGGAGGGCGCAGAAAUCAACAAGAGUCUCCUGGCUCUGAAGGAGUGCAUCAGGGCUCUGGGACAGAACAAGGCUCAUACUCCGUUCCGCGAGAGCAAACUGACCCAGGUGCUGAGGGAUUCCUUCAUCGGGGAGAACUCCAGGACUUGUAUGAUUGCUAUGAUCUCACCAGGAAUAAGCUCCUGUGAAUAUACUUUAAACACACUACGUUAUGCAGACAGGGUCAAGGAGCUGAGUCCCCACAGUGGGCCCAGUGGAGAGCAGCCAAUUCAAAUGGAAACAGAAGAGAUGGACGACAGCUCUAACAUGACCUCGAUGGCAAACAAUGAGCAAGAGGAGCUGUCUUCCCAGAUGUCCAGCUUUAAUGAAGCCAUAACUCAGAUCAGAGAGCUGGAAGAGAAGGCCGUGGAAGAGCUCAGGGAGAUCAUACAGCAAGAACCAGCCUGGCUUGAGCUUUCCGAGAUGACCGAGCAGCCAGAUUAUGCUCUGGAGACCUUUGUGAACAAAGCAGAAUCUGUCCUGACCCAGCAGGCCAAACACUUCUCAGCCCUGCAAGAUGUCAUUAAGGCCCUGCGUCUGGCCAUGCAGCAAGAAGAGCAGGCUAGCAAACAAAUAAGCAGCAAAAAGUGGCCCCAGUGAUGACUGCAAAUAAAGAUGCUUGGUUUCACACCAGCCUCUUCCCCUCCCCAGUGAACUUUAGACACCUGGUGGCUUAGACUAAGGUCUGAGCUAAAUGGGGUUUGGUAAAUGCCAAGUGUGGGGCAUCAAGCCCAAGACAGCUGGAGAAGGGACACUGCUUUCUUUUCUCUGGGUUUGGAACCGUAAGAAAGCUUUUAGUUAUUCCCCUAUCAAGAGAGGAAUGCUGUCUGGCUCGUCUGCCUGGGGCAGCGCCCUGCCUGUGUGGAAUGGCUGCUGGUGGAGACUUCCCCAGGGUUGUCCUGAUUCCAGGAAAGAGGAGUCUUUAGUUCUCUGCUGGCUCUGGCCUGCUUUUCACACCUUGGUCAGAGCAUUUGUAUGCUUUAUAAUUGUAGAAAAAAAAGGUUUGUGAGACUCUGCCUUACAGUUUUUGAAGCUCAAGAGAAUUUCUACUACUUCCUGUUGUAUGUAUUUAUAUAUUGUAACUAAUGAUAAAGAAAGCAAAGAAAAUUGGA